CGGCUUCCGGCACGUUAAUUUCAGUCCAUCAUGUUCAUGACUUUAAGUGUUCUAUUGGUUUUCGCGGCUGGGGUCGGAGGUAUUCAAGAUCAAUUGGCGAAUGGUACAAUUUAUGAUGUUCCAGACGAGUACGCGACAGUCCGGCACGAAGGUCGAAAAGCCCGGUCCAAGAAACUACUCAAAAACCCCAAUUACAUAUGGCUAGCAGCGGGUGUAUACUACAGUAUGGAUGAUUCCGUCGGAUGUCCGUGGUCUCAGGAAUGUGAGCUCGUCAGAGCGGCCAUGCGUAGUUAUGAGGAGAAAACUUGCGUGCGCUUCAAAGAGAGGAGUGGAGAAAAAGAUUUCGUCCGCAUUAUCUCGUCGUCAGGCUUAAAAAAGGGGUUUUCCGGACAUGCAGAUUUAGGAAGAAUAGGUGGCGAGCAAAUGGUGACUAUUGGCCAAUGGAACAUGAAUACCGUCUUGCAUGAACUGGGGCACACCGUAGGUCUAAUAGAUGAGCACAUGCGGCCAGAUAGAGAUCUUUACAUGGAAGUUUUACAGGACAACAUCUUUCCGAAUCUUUUACCUGCUUUUGACAAAGAAGAAAAUCCAAACAGGGUCAAUUUGUUGGGAGAACCUCUUGAUUUCGAUUCUGUUAUGAUGUACGGCGAAUAUGCCGGCUCCUCGAAUGGAGAACCGGCGUUUAGAGCAAAAUCAGGGCGCCGGGUACCUGAACGCCACGAGCUUAGCGCAGGGGAUAUUCGACGAAUCGAUGAUCUGUACCGUUGUAAUGGAACGUUUCCAAAGCCGAGGUUCCCUUUCGAUAUCGUUUGCGACUUUGACGAAGAUGAUUGCAACUUCAGAUUGAAAAAAAAUGGCAAAGGCACUUGGUCUUGGUUACAAUUGGAUAAGAAAGAUUUCCUCGGUGGAUACCUGCUCAGCAAGAUGGAGCCAAAAAAUGACACACUUUUGGCGGACUACGUUUUUAGCGUGAAUUUUCACGGUUUAAGCCCAAUUGACAUAAAGCGAGGACCAAUUGGAUGUGUGGAGUUUGGUUACAUGACUAAAACCUGUGGGAGAAGAAAGCCCCCGUAUUUACAGCUCUUCAAGGUGGAUCUGAACUCAACCCUGGAUGAUAGAUACGACCCUGAAAGAUCAUAUCAAAUUUGGUCCAGUCCUAAAAAAUUUAAUGAGACGUCUAAUAAGGUGUGGAUUGACAUUUCUAUUAGAGUGAACGUGAUAGAGCCAUUUGUGCUCAUUUUCAAAACAAUAUUUGCAAGCAGAAAGCGGCCGGACUGGGUGAUAGUCGAUAAUCUCAUAGUUAAAUACACACCAUGCAGAUCUCCAGAAGCAGUCGAAGGAUUCAAACCGAGGCCUCAAAAACAAAGUUUCUACAACAGAGCAUACAACAGAGUGUUUGGUUCUACCCCCAAAACAUUUACUCCGGGUCUUCCGGAUCCGAAACCGUGGCGAUCGCUUUGGGGAUUACUUCCGAAACAACCCCCGUCAAAAUCAUCGACUCCAAACUCGUCCGUGCUAUCAUCUUGGCGGAGACGGUUUUCCAGAUCAUCUCUGCGGAGACGGUUCUCCGGAUCAUCUUUGCGGAGACGGGUCUCCGGAUUAUUUCGAAAGAAACCGUCUUCAGAAUCGCCUACUCCGGGAUCGCCUUCAGAAUUGCCCACUCCGGAAUCUCCCUCGAAACCAUCCGUACGGAAACGAUUGGCCGGAAUUUUUUCAAGGAAAUCGUCAUCAACGUCACCAGCUUCGGAAUCGUCCUCGAGACCAUCUUUACGGAAGCGUUGGGCCGGAAUAUUCUCAAGGAAAUCGUCAUCAACACCAACAGCUUCGGAAUCGACAGAGUCCACGCCCUCCAGCAGCUUGAAGCCUAAUAUGACAUCCAUAUUCCGAAACCCGUUUGGUCGAAUCCGUAAGCGGUCGAAAUCGAAUUCGGAAAAAGUGUGAGAUGGAGAGAACCACACAGUUAAAAAUUUCCGUGAUAAUGGGUACUUGGCUUACUUUGCAUUACUUCUUUUCGGUCAGAUCAACCAAAAAUGUUACGUUGAGUCAGCAAAAUUCGGUUCGACUGAAUCUUGUUGAUUCCAAAUUUUUUUGUGAACUAAAAUCAACUAAAAACCCGAAGAAUAACCAAUAAAUUUGAAUACUUAAAACAAUCAAUGGUAUUAACGCAUUAAUUUCAUAAUUUUAGCUGAAAUAAAGAGAGGAAUUGAAUCAAA